GCUUCUGAAGAGUCAGUCAUAUCAGGGAUAUCCACUAAUAGGUCAGGCACUUGAACUGCUCAAAAAAUCAUCGACAUGGCCCCAAAAUCAUCGCUGAAGUCAGCCUUAAAAACCUCUGUUUCCAAUCCUGGAAAACGAACAUCAUUCUCUGCUGAAUCGACUUCCAAGACGAAGUCGAUACCGAAACCUGUAAAGGAACCUGAAGCUGCACCAGAAAAAAGUGGAGGAUCGGAUGCUGAGGACGAUGACCACCUGUAUGGUUUCUCAACAGAUGAGGAUGAUUCAUCUGACGAGGAUGUAAAUCCUGGCGAAGAGGUUGAUAUCGGGAAACUGCCUACUGUCGCCAAGGACGAUGCAACAGUAAAGAGGAAACUUGAGAAAGCGAAACGGCAUCCAACUCAAGACCGAGGUGUGAUAUACAUGGGUUGCUUGCCGCAUGGGUUCUACGAAGACCAGCUGAAGGGAUAUCUCUCUCAAUUCGGGGAUGUUACAAGAUUGCGCAUCUCACGGAAUAAAAAGACUGGCAGGUCAAAACAUUAUGGUUUUAUCGAGUUCGACUCGGCGUCCGUCGCGCAAAUUGUUGCGGAGACGAUGGAUAACUACCUGUUGAUGGGCCAUAUACUUAAAUGCAAGAUAAUACCCAAGGAGAAGGUGCACCCCGAGUUGUGGGUAGGGGCAAAUAAAAAAUGGAAGGUCAUCCCAAUAGACCAAAUUGUGCGGAAAGAACAUAACAAGCUGCGAACUCAGGAAAGCAUGCGAAAAGCCGAAAAGCGUCUCAUUCAAAGGGAGAACGAGAGGAAGCGAAAGCUGGCCGAAAUUGGCAUCGCAUAUGAUUUUGACGCUGUCAGCUACAAAAAGAAGCCAAAAACAGUGGCAUCAUAGUCUAAAUUGUCGUGCUUCGCUGGUUGAUUUAGCGAGGAAAUAUCUUGUAAUAUUCUGUCGUCUUAUAGCUCCUUGCUUGGCUACUUUAGAGCUUCGGCUUUUGCUCGAACAAGCUUCCUCAUAUCAUCAACCUGAGGAUGCUCCCCUCGAUUGUCGAUCAGCUCCUGGUGCAAGCACAGACAGUUCAAAUAGCUCUGCGAAAGGCCGAAUAUGGUGUCCUCUAGGAGCUGUUUGCUCUCUCAUUCCACCCCUAUCAGUGUUGAGGGCGCUGACGGACAUGACAUAUUACAUCGACCAUAACGAUAUCACAUCGACACUUCUAGAGAUUUUAUCUGUUCCUAAAACUUGCAGUUUG